AUGGCAGCUCCCGCAAAGUCGACGCGCUGGGGUUCCUUUCUUCAGCAGGCCGUCGCCGGUGUGGAAGCCCGGCUCGACAACAUCCUCGCUGAAGGCGAGAACGGGCCCAAUCUGUCCCAACCUGCCCAACCUGCCACAGCUCCCGCCAAGGACCAGUCAACUAGUGAGCAGCCCUCGUCCUUCCCAUUGAUCAUUGCGCUGUACAGUUUCUCGCAUGACCUUGCUGUCCUGAUACUGAUUCUCGACAUGACAGACCAGCCCCGUUCUUCGACCAGCAGCCGUACCAAUGACCGCCUACAGGAGCGCCUUGCUAAGGCUAUGGCCGCCAAGAACAGUCAAUCAUCCGACGCUCGCAGUAUAACCUCAGAGUCUCAGAGUGCCCGGCCGAGCGCUGACGGAGGCCGUCCUGAAGCCAGUACGCCACAGAAGGAUCGUACUGCUGCUACAAGUCCGGUCCUAAGUCCAGCACUCGGCUUCCCCCCGACUCAGGCCGCCGCCCCCGAGCAUCCCGCGCAACCCCAACUCCAACCCAAGCCGACUACCCCAAGAGGCUCCCAGGAUAGCCAGCAACCUCGGACUACGGUACAGAAUGAAACCAAGCUGGAGACUACACACGCAGAUACAACCAAUGCAACUGACAAAACAGUCAAGUCUAAGACGUCCCAACCCCCACCAUCCAAGGAUACAGCGGACACUAGCCACACAUGCAAUCAGUGUUCUGUACUCAAGGCGCGUGUCGAAGCUCUAGAAGCUAUGGCGGAACAUGCGGCAAAAGAGCAACAGGAGGAAAUACAUCGCCAUGUCGAGCAAUUCGAGGCCCUCCAGGCAAAGGUGCAGUUCCUGGCACGGGAUGCGACUGACGCCGCCCGAAAGUCUGCUGGCACAGCACCGGCGGGUAGCCAAGAGCGGAAGCUCGCCGAAAGAGACGAAAAGAUUGCAGCGCUCAUGGAAGAAGGAAGGAACUUGGCUGCCACAGAGCAGAAACACCGGACUAUCAUCAGGAAACUCAGGUCACAAAUUGCUGGUGACGAGAAGACGGUGGCAGAACUACGCGCACGCCAUGACAAGCUGACGGUCGACAUGGAUGCGUUGCGUACUCGAGCCAGUCGCGUUGAGGAGCUCGAACAAUCGAACCAAGACUUGCAGAUAAGGUCUAACGGAAUGCAAGACGAGUUGAACGCUUUGCGCGCCGAGGCUUCAGCCAACAGGUCUUUAAUCCAGAGGUUGCGGGACGAUCUGCGAAAGGCUUCAGACCAGGCCCAUUCGGACACCACAAAGGCCACCGAAGAGGCGCUCACGGCAGAGAAAAGUCGUGUCAAGGAUCUCGAAGGCACUGUCGCUGCCCUACAGUUGGAAAAGAGCUUGGUUGCCGACAGGGCCAAGGCCAACGCCGCUGAAGCAGAUGAAAAAGUGGCGCGAGCGGCUGAGCGCACCCGUAUAAUGGAAAUUGAGAUGAAAACGGAGCUCCAAGCGAUGGAAGGAAAGCUAGAAGCGAUGCGUGCGCUCGCAGAGGAGGCGUCCUCGGGCGCCGUCGGUGAUUCUCAGGCCAAGCUGCUGCGCCAAGUGGAAACAUUGCAGACACAGCAUGCGAUUGCUGCGGAGAACUGGCAAGGCAUCGAGGCGAGUCUGGUUGCCCGAGUCGGCAACCUUGAACGCGAGAGGGAUGAUGCUCUGCGACGAGAGUCGGAAAUGAGGAAAAAGGCGAGGGAAACCGUAAGAUACGAUCCUUACCUCAAGAGUCAUCGGCCGAGGCCCCAGCUGGCAACCCGGUGCAAGCGUCAGGACGAGGAGCUGCAGGAGUUGACGGGCAGGCUCUCCAACCACCAGCGAGACAUUGAGGCGUACCAGCCACGUAUCGAGGCACUCCAGAAACGGGCAGAAAACGCGGAGGCAGCCUUGGCCCAGGCUAAGUCCGAGCUUGAGAAGCAGCAGCAAACAGCAUGGAAGGCUGAAAGGACGGAUUCAGACCGUCGACCUUGGCUAGAAGACCACUUGCCUGGGCCUGGGUCUAGAGUACAUAGCCGUCCAGACUCACCGUUGCUGUCUGUGCCCACGCGGACCAUGAGUAAUGACCUCCUCUUGCUACAAAGUGUGUCUGGAAAGAGCCGCAAGAUCUCAACCCCGUCCAACGGAUUGGACGGCUUUCAAGAGGGUUCAUCGGUCGGAAGAAAAUUAUCGAGCCAACCUCCAACGAGGCCACCAAUGCUACCCAACGGCUCGAGCCUGCCCGUGGCACCAUCUAUUACAUCAUUCGAGCUGCCACCUGACUCACUGCCAACGCCCACGUCGCAUGCAGGCGAGAAAGACGACAUGUUUGAAGGAGUUGAGAUUUCUUCGUCUCCUCGACAGAUGAUGCAGGACAUGGUAUCAGUGUCAACAGUUGGCGCAGGUCCUUCAGUGCAGCUGGUGGAGAGGAUGAGCGCGGCCAUCCGUCGGCUUGAAGCGGAAAAGGUAACUUCGCGUGAGGAGCUGGCGCGAAUAUCAGGGCAAAGAGAUGAAGCAAGGGCAGAGAUUGUGUUGCUAAUGAAAGAGUUGGAAUCGAGCAAGACGGCAUCAAAACGUGUUGCUGAGUUGGAAGGACAAGUUGACGACCUGAAUUCAAGAUAUCAGACAACGCUAGAGUUACUCGGGGAGAAAAGCGAGCUAGUAGAGGAGCUGCGUGCUGACGUGCAGGAUGUCAAGGCCAUGUAUCGCGACCUGGUAGAGCGAACAGUCAGGUAA